CCCCAGGCAGGAUCAAGAUGGUGCAGGCGCAGGGCGUGCGGGGCCUCCAGCUGUCGGCGGCCGCGCCCCGCACAGCGAGCUUCCCGGCCUCGAGGAUUUUCUCCCGAUGUGACCUCUUCCCCGAGGAGUUUUCCAUCGUCGUGACCUUGAAGGCUCCCAGCCUUCCGCCCAAGGAGAGGUGCAACUCAGGACAGGACAGGCCCAGCCUGCGUCACAGCCAGCAACCACAACACUGAGCCAGAGACAUGAGACAAACAAGACAGAAGAGGAAGGCUUCAAUAAGCCACUCCCAGGAAACACAGGCCACACAGAGGGGUAUAAAAGUGCAGCUAACAGGAUCCACUCUCACACACACAACUCACUCAUACUCACGCUCACAUUCCCACCUCUCCCAGACACCCCGCCAUGGCCAACUCCACCAUGUCCGUCUGCUCCAGCGCUUGCACCGAGCCCUGGCAGGUGGACGACUGCCCAGAGAGCUGCUGCGAGCCCCCCUGCUGUGCCCCCAGCUGCUGCCAGCCCAGCUGCUGUGCCCCGGCACCCUCCCUGAGCCUCAUCUGCACCCCAGUGAGCUGCGAGUCCAGCCAGUGCUGCCAGCCAACUUGCUGCCCUUCAUCCUGCCAGCCGGCUUGCUGCUCCUCCUCCUGCCAGCCGUCCUGCUGUGAGUCUCUCUGCUGCAAGCCCAUCUGCUGCAAGCCUGUCUGCUGCACACCUGUCUGCUGCACACCUGUCUGCUGCACCCCCGUCUGCACUGGAUCCUCCUCUUCCUGUUGCCAGCAGUCUGGCUGCCAGCCGACUUGCUGCUCAUCCUGCCAGCCAUCCUGUUGUGAGUCCAUUUGCUGCACACCCAUCUAUUGCAAGCCCGUCUGCUGCACACCUGUCUGCUCCGGGGCCUCCUCCUCCUGCUGCCAGCAGUCUGGCUGCCAGCCAGCUAGCUGCGCCUGCUCCCCCUGCCAGCCGUCCUGCUGCGUGCCCGUCUGCUGCAAGCCCGUCUGCUGCAAGCCCGUCUGCUGCACGCCCUCCUCCUCCGUGUCCCUCCUCUGCCGCCCCGUGUGCAAACCCACCUGCUGUAUCCCCGCCUCCUCCUGCUGCACCUCCUCUUGCCAGCCCAGCUGCUGCAAGCCCUCCUCCUCCCUGUCCCUGCUCUGCCGCCCCACCUGCCCCCGCCCGGCCUGCUGAGGCCUCUCCCUGGGCCAGAAGUCCUGCUGCUGAUCGGCCUUGUCACCCAGGGCUGGUGGGCUCUGGGCUCAUGGGGCAGAGUUGCUCUGAGACCAACCCUGACUUGCAUCCUUCCUCCUCGGGGCCCUUCCUGCCCCAGAGUUCCGAUCCCCAGUCCUGCAGGCUAUGCUCAGCCCCAGGGCUUGGUGGCUCCCGGACAGCUCCCAGGUCCUCUGAGGUGAAGCCUCACAAACCCUACUCUGCAUCCUGGCUGGGCAGUGGUCACUGAGUCCUCCCCACAGAGCAACCUGGCGUCCACACUUGAAGUCAGCACUGUGCCCUCGCCCAGCCCCUUUGCACACAUGGCAAACCAUGCAGAGCUUUGACGUGGUAGGGCCAUCGCUCUGGGACCCUGGCCUUGAGCUACAGGGUGACCGUGCAGCAGGCAGGGCCAGCCGACCCCUCCCACGUGCCCGGCUGCCUUGUGGUAGGCGUCUCUGCCAGCCCCCAGCACAGGGAAUCUGUCUGCCAUGGAGACUCGCAGGGACAGCAGGGCACCUACCCAGGCCUUGGCACGGAGCCCGCUGCCCUGCCCCUGCUCUCUGUGUGCCCCAGGCCCUCUGUGUGCCUGGCUCCGAGAGUCCCCACACCCCAGCCAGCUCUCCUGCACCCCUGGCUCCUCCCUCUGUCCUCUCUGCCCCCUGCCCAGCAUCCCAACAGAAUAAAUAUUCUCAUUCCUGGAAGACACUGCCAAGCGCUCUGCUGAUUCUUGACUCUCUGAGGACAUUUGCUCUGUGACCUCCGUGUGGGAAUUUCCACACCUGAAGUCUGCGAGUCACAUUUUCGUUUUCUGCAGUUGCAUUCUUGCUCCUGGGCUUAUUUCCUUGUGUGAUUAGUUAUAUUCGGCUCAGGAAUUGUUCUUGGCCCAUGAGUGGUCAGCAUACUGGUGCUCCACCUUCAUUUCCGACCUCUGCCGCUGGCAACCCUAUUCAAUGCCACGAGAGUGCCAGCCCCACAGGUGUCCUUUGGGACAAAGUGACUUCUGGUUUUGCUCAAGGAUCCCGUUCUGAACAAAGUCUUUAGCUCAAGGACCAGAACUCGGUAGAAGGAGGAGGUUACCCCUUUAUUUGCACCAACUCUCAC